AUGUUGAAGAAGCUAGCUAUCGCGUUGGUGCUGGCACUUGCCUCUCCACCCGAGGUCAACGCCGGUCUGCUUGCGUACGGCAUCUGUCGAUCGGGCUGCAAUGCCGUUGUGGUCGCAUGCUACACCGGUGCUGGAGCGAUUUUCGGAACGGUAACCGCUGGAAUCGGGACACCACCUGCCAAAAUGCAGUGCUGUACGUUUAGCGUUCCCUCCCGUCUUGGUUUCCGAAAGGAGAUGGUUUUCGAGUACAAGAAGCAGAAUCCCGAGUACAGACAAAUUUUCAAAAUUAAAUUGGAAAACCGGAUGAAAAACGAGUACUUACCGGUAAAACCGGCUAGACACCGAGUACACAUUUAG